AUGUCUACGGAAGAUCAUUUUUCAUACAGGGGCACUGAGCGGAAGCCGACAGUCAAAAAGCCCCAUUGGAGGGAUAAGCUGUUUUCGAGGGACAAGCCCAAGUUUACUGCGGACCAGCAAGUGGCGGAUUUCCUGGGUCCUGUUCGCUCCAUGUCCGUCUCCCAUGGACGCCAUACGGCAGCUCCGCCGCAAAGGGACUUGCAAGCACCACCUCCCCGCCUGGAUAUACCCCGCCAGUGGCCGUCUUCACAAGAACCUACAAACCAAUCACCGGUCUCCAACCCGUCUCCAGCUACUGACUCUUACCCCACAGUCAAUAUCCCGAAAAUGCCCUCAAAGCCACGGAAGAACAAAGGGUUGAGGGUCAAGUUCGCCGACGGGGCACCUGAUUGUAUUGGAGAAGGUGGGGACGAAUCCGAGGCACCUACGAUAGAGAUAUCGCGCAACCGGACUCGUAGCCAUAGCCAGAGCUCGAGUCGGCUUAAUGAUAGUGACAGCGCUCAGGCUGCAUCUCCUCACCUUCGACUAGACACUUCUUUCAGCGAGCGAGACCGUACCAAAGCAGGUGGUGAUCCGUCAAACCGGACACCGCUGCUCGUACAAAGUGCCCAAGAUUCAGAUUUCUUGAUGACUCUAAGUCUCGGUGAAAGCGGCUCUCGAUUAUCUUUCAGAGCGUCUCCUGGAUCAGAUUCACUCGCUCAGCGAGUACGCGCGAAGAUGGAGGUUGAAGAAGGCCGUGCCCUGCAACACAGGUACACGGAACCGACUUCACCUUCGAACGAGAGGAGCCCGGAGAGCCCAAGUUCAAUGUACGACACUCCCCCUAUCUCGGAACCGGAACCUGCUGCUCCACCGAGUCCGCUUCGCACCCCUCCGAGCCCUCAGUUGACGCGCACCACCACCGACGAUUUUGUUCCAUCUGGCUUAGCGCCUGGCGGUAAUAUACGAACAAUGUCGCCUCCGAAACCGCAACCGGCGAACGAUGCUGUUAGUGAUGACUUACUCCGCCCAUCUAGUCAGGGUGCACGCAGUAAAUCUACCAGCCCUCAACCACCCAAGUACUCGCUACGCUCUAUCGCGAGUCAAUUCGGCGAGACGGCGUUUGCCGAGUUCAAGGAAUAUGCAGCACAAUACGACGCUCUUAUACAAAUUUCGGCCGAAAGUGUGAAACCGCUCAUGGAAACUUCCCUUGCGGAAUGGGUGAGGGCCGCGGUUUGGUGGUUCAUGCGCGGAAAGAAGCGCUUGGAGGCGUAUGCGCGCUCAAGGCCGUCUAGCUCUGGCGCGCGACCAAACUCACGCCCGUCUUCAGCAGGGAGCGCAAAGCAAGCUGUGAUUGAUCUCGCAAAAGCAUUGUGGAUCCUUGAGAACAUCGUUCCCCAACAUGGGGAUCUGACUCGGUACGGCGCAAUGAGCAUCGACGCGCUUAUUGCCGUGGUCAGUACAACUGGUGACAAACAACUCGAGGACCUCCUCGGAGUCCAUCAAUCAGUAAUGAGCCACCUUCGAUCACUCUCCGUCUCGAUCAAGCGAAACAAUAUCCUUUUGGACAUUCCUCCUGAUGCUGAGGCUGACACGAGUGUUUGGGUCAGAUACCCCUUCUUCGCCCCUGAUGUGUCAGCUGUUCUUUCCGGAGCCACAUCACGAUCUAUGUUGCUGGACAACUCCGGAAAAGGACCGACCUUUGUACAGACGAUGCCUCUUGGUGACACCAGCCGCUACUUUAGCUAUGGAAGUAUGUUUGUUGAGGUUUCCGUGAGCUCAAGCGAGGACGACGGACAGCAGUUUUCUAUGCCUUGCGCCUUAUCAAUCAUUCGCGACCGUGUUGACUGGUAUGUCUUCGCGGCUAUUACGAGCCAGAGUGAUUUGGUCAAUGUUAUGAUUCAGUCCGAUAAAAAAAAGGGACCAACAUGGGAUCAAGUUGAUUGGCAGGUCCGGUCGCAUUCCAUGAGGGUCAAGCUACCUCGAGGCUUUGAGCUAGAUGUCAUGUUCAAGGAAGAUGAUUUCAAGAUGCUCUGGAAUAUCGUUCAAUAUACCCUCAAGACAGAAGCAAGCUUGCAGCCAGAGGCUGGUGAAUCUGUGGUUUAUGAAUGCACAUUAAAGCAGUUCCAGUACAUGGACCCGGGUACUCCAAAAGCUUUCCCCGCAGAGCCCAUUGAGCGAUGCCGUCUACGGCUGUUUGAGCGCUCUGUCACAGUCACAGAGGGCACCGGCACUAGAAGCGCACAUCGAGGCUUCCGAAUCACCAUCUUAACAACACCAAAAGUAAAGACCCUUAGCAGCGUACGCCAUCUUUUGGGCCAUGGAGCCCCUAUCGUCUUUGGCCUGCUGCGAGGCGAGAACGGCGCACCGGCGCUUGUUCUCAAAGUGACGGAGGAUGGUCGAACGCGGUCUAUGCUAAUGACAUUCCAAGAAGUCCGGGAACGGACGACCCUUCACUCACUGCUCCUUGCCAUGUUGCCUAAACAGAGGGAACAGAAGGUGAUCGACGUUCCAAUCCGAGCAUACACCAUUGAACAACCAUUUGAUCGAUCGUCCGGCCAACCACCUAAACAGCACCUCCAGUUCCCUGCAGGAACCGUAAGUGUUAUUGACCAAGAGCAUGAUUUUGUUGACCAUGGAUAUGGGCCCACUAUCCUCUCGGAACAUCUGCGAGCCUUCGUCGCUUCUGAUUGGGGUUCCGUGACCGACCGCCUUAACCUUGGACCUGGGGAGCUUAGACUAGGCUUGGAUGUCAAUAACCGGACAGGACUCAGCUUGUACAGACCAGUGCAGCAAGAUCUGACUGUCUCAGCUGCCGAGAACCUGAUUACUCCGGAAAUGCCUGAAAAGCUAACGGAGCUCCUUCAAACGGCCAUGGUUAAACCAAUGGUUCGCAAAUUUGAUUUUGCGUCCUUGAAAGGUCUACAUGAUUUCGAGAGAGCUGUCACAGGAUUCAAAGUGCUCUUUGAUAGGUACGCCGUUGUUUCUCUGACUUCUGAACGCAUACUAAUCAUGUAG